AGGACACUUCAAUAACAACACGGUUACUGAUUCAACCAUCUCGCUAGUCAACAUAAAACCAAAUAUUGAAUCUUUUGCUAUUUUUGUGUAUAUUCAUCUCAGUGUUUUAAACACAAAUUUGUUUAAGUAUCUACUGGUUAAAUGAACAUAAUUUACUUGUUACAUUUGCAAAUGUGUUAAGGUUAUUUCUGAACCUAGCACUAGGCUAGUCGCUAGCUAACAUCCCCUGACCAUGAGCUCACUUAGCUACUCCACCCCUGCUAAAGAAGAAGAGGUCUGUUGCACGGAGAAAGAAUCUCUGGGGCUGAACUUUGUCGUGAAAGAAGAACAUGAGUAUAUUACAAUGAAAGGAGAUGAAGACGUUUUUAGAAUUAAACAGGAGGAAGAGGAGGCUAUCAUAUUGAAAGAAGAGAAAGAACCUUUUGCAGUGAAACGGGAAGAGGAGGUUCUCACAUUGAAAGAGGAGGAUGUUACAGUUAAAGAAGAGAAAGACACUUUUGGAGUGAAAGUGGAAGAGGGGAUAGAUGCUGUCACAGUGGAAGAGGAGGAGGUAGAAUAUUUCAGAAUCAAAAAGGAGGAAGAGGAGGUAGAACCGUUAAGAAUUAAAAAGGAGGCAGAGGCUAUCUCAUUGAAAGAAGAGGAGAAUGUGACAGUAAAAGAAGAAGAAGAACCUUUUAGAGAGGAGGAGGAGGAGGCUCUCUCAAUAAAAGAGAAGGAGGAAGGAGAGGAGGAGGAGACAGAAGAUCUGAUUAACACCAGAGAAAGACCAGACUCAGAGGAACCAGAGACGUCCAAACCAGCAAGACGACACAACUGCUCCCACUGUGGGAAAGGGUUUAACCAGUUAGGGGACCUGAAAAGACAUGAGAGGACACACACAGGAGAAAGACCAGACUCAGAGGAACCAGAGCCAGAGACGUACAAAUCAGCAAGACGGCACCACUGUUCCCACUGUGGAAAGAGUUUUACCCGGUUAGGGUCCCUGAAAGUGCAUUGGAGAUUGCACACAGGAGAGAAGCCUUUUCAAUGUUCCCAGUGUGGAAAGAGUUUUACCGAGUUAGGGCACCUGAAAGCACAUGAGAGAAUGCACACAGGGGAGAAACCUUACCAAUGCUCUCUGUGUGGAAAGAGUUUUUCCUUGUUAGCAAGCCUGAAAAGACAUGAGAGGAUCCACACAAGAGAUAUGCUUUUCCAAUGCUCCCAGUGUGAAAAUUGUUUUUCCUUGUUAGCAAGCUUGAAAAGACAUGAGAGGAAACACACAGGUGAUAAGACUUUCCACUGUUCCCAGUGUGAAAGGAGUUUUACACGGUUAGGGAACCUGAAAAAACAUAAAAGAAUACACUCAGGAGAAAAGCCUUUCCACUGCUCCCAGUGUGGAAAGGGUUUUACAGAGUUAGGGAACCUGAAAAGACAUGAGAGGACACACACAGGAGACAAGCCUCAUCGCUGCUCCCAGUGCGGAAAAAGUUUUACCCAGUUAGCACACCUGAAAGUGCACGAGAGAAUCCACACAGGAGAAAAGCCUUACCAAUGCUCAGACUGUGGGAAGACCUAUUCCUCAUCACGGUCACUUAAAAGUCACGUGAGAAUCCACGCAGGAGGGAAGAAGUCUUACCCUAGUUUGUAAAUUGAUAUAUUUCACAUCACAUUGAGUUAAUUUCUUCUCCUAGUGGGUAAAUUGAUAUUUCACAUCACAUUUUGUUAAAAUGAACCAGAUAACAUACUGAGUGCUACCAUUGUCUUAUAUUGUUGACUGAGAAUGUGUUUACUUGUUUAUACCAUAUCAAAUUAAAUGGUACAAAGUAUACUCAAA